AUGGAGUCACACGCUGUCGAUCUCACAGAGACAGUAUCACUUCCAGCGUUGUCAUCAGUGCUUCCGCCUUUGACGAUCCGAGGAGUUCAAAAGUUUGGAGAGGACGUCUUUGUGGCAAUGUUUGUGAUAGCAUUACUGCAAGCAUUAGUUGCCCUGAUCCAAUAUCGAACCAAUCCUUCUGGUACACUAGUGGUUCCUCCUGGUCUAACUUUCGGAAUUGCCAACAACGCAUCUAAUACAUCACCACUAUCGAGUAUUGAGUCAGUGGACACCACAGAUAUGAAUUUUUCAUCAGCUAUAGCAUCAUUAGCAUCAGAAGUGUCCUCUGGCACCGAACCCGACAAUUCGAGAAUAAAACUAAGCAGAGACCCCAAGAUACUUCAAAAGAUCAAUAAGUGGCUCUUUCUUUUGAUUCCUUGGACCAUGGAACGACUAGCCUUUUUCUGGGGAAGAAAUACGCAUGUGAUGCAUCUGGCUGUUAUUCUUGCUCUAAAUCGAUUUUUUGACUUCCCAAAUCGAUUUUGGGCUGCCAAGGAAGAGGCGAUGACUGUCAACAUUGCAGAGGCGGACCCUAUAAGCCUGGGGAAGCCACCGGAACAUAUUGUAGUGAUUGGGGAUUCUCUGGCAGUUGGGUUGGGGAGUGUUGAAGAGUUUACAGUCGCUGGCAAUAUCAACGACAUGGACCCAGAGACCAAUGAGAAAGCUUCAUUUAGGAAGAUGGAAAACAAUCAAACGGACUCUGGGCCAGGUCCCGUCUUUCCUCGCGUCUUGGCGGAAUCCUUAUCAAGACAAUUUGAACAACCAGUGCGAUGGAGAUCUGCGGGAGUUGAUGGGGGUGAUUUAAAAUGGGUCGACGAGCUCUGCUUUGACGUCAUUGAGGACGAAGUGAACCAAAAACGAGUACCAGAUGUGGUCGUCAUUCUGUGUGGACCCAAUGAUCUCAAGUACUUUGUCAGCAAUCCUUUUCAAGCAGCAGGGCCCAAGGUUUUCCGAGCCAGAUUACUGUGUCUCAUCAAGAAAAUAAAGGAAGUCGCUCCCAAUGCAAAGAUUGUGGUUCCGUCCUUUCCAACUCAGAUGUUCCACAAAAAGAGUCCACUAAACAUUUUCCCACUGAAUUUCUUUUUGGACUCGGUGAUUGGGUUUUGGGAUUCUCAAAAGAAAAUGGUCACCGACUCUCUUGGUGACGAAAUCAUGUAUUUUGAAAUGAAUCCGGCAGAGAUCUUUGAAUGGCACAAUUUUCAAGAUCACAAAGAUCCUACACUGUUGGCACCGGAUGGCGUUCAUCCAAAUGCCAAAUGCUACGAUCUAUGGGCCACGAGUUUAGGGACAAAGAUUGCCACGACAUUGACAGAGUUUUCCACCACAGUGCGAUAA